UAUUUUUUAGUGCAAAAAAUAAGCAAGCAAAACAAGACAACUUACGUUUGCCGCAGUUUUGUUAUUAUUAUCGUGAACGUAAAAGUGAUUUGAGUGUGGUUAUAAAAUGGCAACUGAAGAGGAACAGCUUAGCCAGGUCAUAUUGCCGGUCAAAGAGCCGCUGGAUCUGAUCCGUCUCAGCUUAGACGAGAAGGUCUAUGUAAAGAUGCGAAAUGAGCGGGAACUGCGGGGCAGAUUACACGCAUUCGAUCAGCACUUGAACAUGGUGCUGGGCGAUGCAGAGGAAACAGUGACCACCGUGGAAAUCGACGAGGAAACGUACGAAGAAGUCUACAAGACCACAAAGCGCACAAUUCCCAUGCUCUUUGUGAGAGGAGACGGUGUCAUCCUCGUGUCGCCGCCCAUGAGAGUGGGCUAGAGUUAAAUUAUAUUGCGCAUUUCUACAUAUUUGUAUUAAGGUUGAAUUGUAAUAAACUGCUAAUGAAAUUGA